AAAAAAUAGCAGGGUAAACAGCGUGGUUAGGAGGUACAGACAAAAUGAAGCAGCAUAGCAAGUGCUACUGUAGCGUACCUUUUUGCUCAAACAGCAAAAGAAAACAACCGCAUUUGAGUUUUCACGACUUCCCAAGAGACAAACAUUUACGUGUUAAAUGGAUUACAGCAAUUAGGAGAGACGAAAGUACCCAAUUUACUAUUCUGCGUGGUAGUACAUAUGUGUGUAGCCAGCACUUCAGGCCCGAGCAGCUGUAUGUAAAAGAGGGAGGAAGCAGGGUUAGACUGAAGAAGGGAUCGGUUCCAUCACGAUUUGCCUGGAAUGAUUUUGGGAGUCAGAAGGAAAAUCGUCAGGCGCCAUACGAGAGGACAAGUACUCGUCUCGGUUUCAACAUUGAUGCCGCCAUGGGAGAGAGAGAUGUGAAGGAACUGGAGGCUAUGCAGUGUGAGCCUACUGCUCAUGUUAUGGAGCACGAUUACUGGCGUCCACCAUCUCCUGGAACAGUGGAUGCUGCCGCUGCAAGGAUAAAGGAGCUUGAGCAGAAAGUGAUGGAGCUGGAGAACGAAAUAAACAGGCUUACAUUCCUGACAGACCAACCUAAGAUGAAUCAUUUCUGCUCAACUGAUGAAGAAUUCCGCUUCUUCACACGAUUCCCCUCCGAGGAAAUGUUUGUGUUGUUCUGGGAGUCUGUUGCACCGUCAGCUUCUAGAAUCAUUUACUGGACCAAGGCACAGAGGGAGGCAUAUGGAACACCCAGUUCUCAUUGCAAACUGCCCCUCAUUGAUGAAUGUUUCCUGUUUCUUUGCCGCAUUGCUGCUGGACUCAAGGAACAAGCUCUGGCAUCAAUGUUCAAGGUCAGUUUGUCAACAGUUAGCCGCAUCAUCACAACAUGGACCAGUUAUUUUUACCUUGUUUUGGGCUCUCAACCUUCAUGGAUGACUCGACAGCAGGUGCAAGCUACCAUGCCUGAAAACUUCCGCCGGUAUUGCCCAGAGGUCCGUGUGCUGAUUGACUGCACAGAGGUCCGCUGUGAGACAGCAACAUCACUCACUCUACAAUCUGAAAGUUUCUCAAACUAUAAAAAUCACACAACAUUCAAGGGACUGGUUGGGGUUGCUCCAUGUGGCAUCAUCACAUUUGUUUCCCAGCUUUACACCGGAUCUGUCUCAGAUCAGGAAAUAACUCGGAGGUCUAACUUCACCAGGCUGCUGCAACCAGGAGAUGGAGUAAUGGCUGAUAAGGGCUUUCAGAUUGAAAGGAUGUUAGCAGAAGUAGGGGCCACCCUGAUCAUUCCCCCCUUCAAGAAGUCUGCUCAAUUCAGCAAGGAAGAUGCUGAGAAGACACAAGCUAUAGCACGUCUAGGAGUGCUGGUGGAAAGGGCAAUCCAAAGAGUGAAGGAGUACCACAUCUGGGAUGGGGUUGUCCCACUUUCUCUCACAGGCUCAGUCAACCAACUUUGGGCCAUCUGUUGCUUGAUGUCAAACUACCUGGGUCCCCUGGACAUCAAGGAGGAUAAACCUGUUUGAACUCAUGUGUUGAUCAAUGGGUGUAAUUAUUCAGUCAUUUUCAGGUUUUAGAAUAUUUCAAUGCAGAUUAAUGUAUUUCAUUUUAAUUGACUCUGUACAAAAACCUCUUACAAGCUCAGCUUAAACCGCCCACUUUUCUCAAUCACUCUAACUCGAGUUACUAUAGUUUCUUUACUUGUUCAUGUUACUGUUAUUAUUGUCCAGAGGAUGUUUUUGUAUGUUGAUGUUGCUUCUGUUAAACAACACUGGAUAUGAAAAACGCUAUAUGAAUUCAACUUUAGUAUGAAGUCAUUUCAAUGGAUUUAAAUUAUUCCAGUCCACAAUUUUAGAAUUAAUGUUUAAAUAAUAAAUCUGAUACAUUUUUAA